AUGCAGACAUGGCGACGAACAUUCGUCACGUCUCUUGCCAGACUGAACCAUAAGCCUCCAGCAGCGCCAAGCUCGACGCUUCUCCGAUGCGCGCAAGUCCUUCAAAGCAACCGGCAAGAGCCCUGCAGUCUUGAAGACCAGGAAAUCAAACUGCAGGGCUUCGUUCGCUCUGUCCGCAAGCAGAAGCGCUUCGCUUUUGCGGAGAUUACCGAUGGCUCGUCCGCUCAGGCCGUACAGGCGUUUCUGAAGCCUGAACAGGCAGCCGAACUAUCAACCGGAACAGCGAUUGAGAUAUCAGGUGUAUGGAAGGCCUGUCCGCCUGGCAAGGAGCAGAGCCAUGAGCUGCAGGUGACAGCUGUGAACAUCAUGGGCAAAGCAAACCCAGAGACAUAUCCUAUCCAGAAAAAAUACCACAGCCCUGAAUUCCUCCGCCAUAUUCCUCACCUCCGCUUCCGAACCGAUAUGAACGCUCUCCUCGCUCGCUUCCGAUCAGAAGUCCUAUACCAGCUUGGAAAUGUCUUCCGCGGCGCUCCAAACGGCGGCUUCAUUCAGGUCCAGCCGCCAGUAAUAACGUCUUCGGAUUGUGAAGGCGCGGGUGAGACCUUCGCCGUCAUUCCGCGCGUGACUCUGGCCAAGGGUCUCCCGGAAAAUGAAUAUGACCACUUCUUUCGAGCGCCCAAGUAUCUCAGCGUGUCGUCGCAACUUCAUCUAGAAGCCUACGCCGCAGAACUGGGAAAUGUCUGGACGCUAUCGCCCAUGUUCCGGGCCGAAAAGAGCGAGACCCCGCGUCAUCUCAGCGAGUUCUACAUGCUCGAAGCGGAAGUGAACUUCCUCUCCGAUCUCGACGCACUCACCGACACAGUCGAGUACCUCCUCCGCGACCUAACCCGCCGACUGUACGACACGCCCGCAGGACAAGAGAUCCUCUCAUUCAAGCGCGAGAAGAGCCCAGGAGCCCCGGAGUCGGAGCAACCGGUUAACCUCCGCCAGCGCUGGACCGAUCUCAUGGAAGGUCCCAAAUGGCGCCGUAUAACCUACACAGACGCCAUCGCGGCCCUACAGGAUGCUGUCUCUCAAGGGAAAGUAACCUUUGAGUUUCAACCCAACUGGGACGGCGGUCUACAGCUAGAACACGAGCAGUACAUUGUUGAGUCCCUCAACAACGGCCAGCCCGUCUUCGUCACAGACUACCCGAAAGCCAUCAAGCCAUUCUACAUGUCGCCGUCGCAUACAACAACCCCGAAUGGAGAAACAGUCGCCUGCUUCGACCUCCUCCUCCCCGAAGUCAGCGAAGUCGCCGGCGGCUCGCUAAGGGAGCACCGUCUCCCGGAACUCAUCCAGAACAUGCGCGAGCACGGGCUCAUCAAGACCACGUCGGAAGGGGGAGCAGUGUACCCGGGCCUGCAGCCUAAUGAAGACCUGGGCCAUUUGCAGUGGUACGCGGACUUGCGGAGGUGGGGGUCUGCGCCGCAUGGUGGGUUUGGACUCGGUUUCGACCGGUUCCUGGCAUAUUUGACUGGUGUGCAGAGUAUUCGAGAUACGGUUGCGUUCCCGAGGUAUUUUGGGCGGGCGGAUUGUUAG